CAGUUAUUGUAUCCAAUGAAGAAACUAGUUGGUAGAAAAAGCUUUUAGGAAUAUUCUAUGUUUAUUAAUCGCCACUGGUUUAUUUUUUCAAGUCAGUCAUUCACUUUUGCUAACGUAUUAAUCAUAAACAGUAGAUCGGUCGUUUUAUUGGAGCCGAGCACAGUUUUGAUGUGUCGCGUGUUUAACCGAUAAGGUGGAUCAAGGUCCAAGCAUAAAAUAGUGGUGGGGGAGCAGGAAGCAAGACAGUGAAGAGAAACGUUGGCCAGGGCCAGGUUCAGUCGACUACCAGUCCCAGACUACUCUUGUUCUCAUUCGUCAGUUAGUUCGUGGUUGGAACGCGUUUCUCUCUGUCAGUUUCUAAGAGAAGGUUGAAAGAUGUCUCGUGGGCGCCUGGGAAGGCUAGAGACCUGCUGGAGGUCUCUUAGUCGACCCCCAGUCUGUCGUCUGCACUCUCAGCAUCCUUGCUUGCGUCUUAGUGUCAGCAGCCAACAGUGUCGCUACACCUCUCACAUAGUCAGAUCCCCAUUCCCAGACAUCGAAAUCCCAAACAAACUCAUUCCUGAAAUGAUUUGGGAAAUCGUCGACAGAUUUCCAGAGAGUACAGCAAUUAAAUGUGGACUAACUGGCAGGUCUUAUACAUUCGCCCAGAUUCAUCGACUGAGCCUGCGGUUUGCCAACUCUCUGCGUAAGGCUGGCUUUACACGAGGUGAUGUGAUUGCACUUGUACUGUCGAACAGUCCUGAGUUCCCUAUUAUCACAUUAGGAGCCUUAGAGGCAGACCUAUCUUUGUCCUUUGUCAAUCAUAGUUACACUCCAGAUGAAAUGACACACCAACUGAAAGAUUCAGGGAGUGUGUGCGUCAUUGUUGGAACAGAACAGCUGGAAGUUGUUCUGUCAUCGAUUGACAAAGUCGAGAAAGCCACCCAUUCAAAACCGUUCCGUCGAGUAAUUGUGGUGGACACAUCACCUGCGGAGUCACUGCCACCGGGAGUCAGUCGGUUCUCAGAACUGGUGGCUGAUGGUGUCGACCAAUCUGCUAAAUCUGGGUACCAGACCCAGUCUACUGACAUGGCUCUACUGCCAUACUCCAGUGGCACCACAGGACUGUCCAAGGGAGUAUGUUUGUCCCACAGAAACAUUCUCUGUAAUAUACUCCAGAUGUCCAGUACAGGAGAAUGUGGAAAAAUUCGAUCUCCUGAGCAAGGUCAAGAUAUUCUGCUGGGUCUGCUACCGUUUUAUCACAUAUAUGGGUUGGUAGUAAUACUCCUAAAUGGUCUUCUACAUGGAGGCCAAGUCAUAACCUUACCCAAAUUCGAACAAGAAUCUUUCGUCCGAACCCUUGAAAAUGAUAAGGUAAUACAUUCUGAACAUUAAUUUAAUAACACAGGC